AGUUCAAAAUUUUUAGAGCUCAAGUCUCAAACCUUGAGGGACUAUUUUACUUUAAACGCUGCACAAAGCGUAAUCGCGUAGAAGAGAAAUACACACAAAGACGUUUUCCAAGAUGACCUUGACAAAAGAAAUUGUGGGUCAAUCAAUGGUGGAAGCUUUUCGUUUGGAUGCUUCAAAGAAACCAUUUUACUUUAAGCGCUGCACAAAGCAGCAGCAUAGAAUUUCCUUGCCUCCCACUUUCAAUUUCUCAGUUCAUACAACAAAGGAGCAGAAGAAAAAGGUGGUUCCACAAUCUGUCUCUCCUCUCUCAACUUUUACUGAGGGGACUGAGUCCAGGAGGGGCCUUCCUGCUAGGAAGCCGGUGUUGGAGACGGCAACAGUGACUUUGACUGCCAUGGUAACUAUCAAGAAUAGCAAACAUGCAGAGAAUGAGAUGAUGUCGAUAAUGCUUCAGCAUUUUGAAGCUUUCAACAAAACCACGUCUGGGAGAGCCAUGGUUAUGCAGUUAGUGAGUACUGAAGUUGACCCUAGAACAAUGGAGCCAAAGGUGAGCAAAAACGCUGUAUUGGAGUGUACGAAGGACGUGAAAGUUGGGAAUCCCAGGACCACUUACAAAGUAGAAUUUGAGAUUGAUUCAGAUUUUGGGUUACCAGGAGCAAUCACUGUGGUAAACAAAUGUGAAAAGGAAUUCUUCUUGGAAAACAUUGUGGUUGAAGGCAUCUUCCAUUUUCCUUGCAAUUCUUGGGUUCAACCUGAGAAGCUUCAUCCGGAGAAGAGAAUUUUCUUCACCAACAAGGUUCAUUUACCUUGGGAGACUCCGGCGGGUCUAAGAGACCUCAGAAAAGAAGAGCUAAGGCAGGCAAGAGGAGAUGGUGAAGGUGUUAGAAAACAUGGUGAUAGGAUUUAUGACUUCGAAGUGUACAAUGAUUUGGGAAAUGCAGACAAAACAAGACAAGAUCAUUUAAGGCCAACAUUUGGUGGGCAUCAAUAUCCCUUCCCUAGACGAUGCCGAACAGGUCAUCCUCCUUCUGUCUACGACCAGAAAGUUGAGUCGCCAGUAAAUGCAUUCAAUGAAACGUAUGUGCCCAGAGAUGAAGUAUUUGAUAAGAUCAGAAUUGAAGCUCUUGAUGUGGAAAGGACUAAAGGAAUAACUCGAAAUCUUAUUCCUUUCUUCAAAACUUGUGUCACAAAAUGUGGAACUUUUAAGCAGUUGUCAGAUGUUACCAGCAUUUACAAUGGAAAGUGUGAAGGUGCAAGCAAUAAGAUCCAAGAUUCUUUGAAUGAGUACUUCAAAUUCAGCACCCCAAAUAUUAUCAGAGGAAAUAACAGUGGUUUUUGCAUACGAGAUGAGGAACUUGGCCGCCAGACGUUGGCUGGCAUCAACCCUCUCAGCAUAAAAAAGCUCGAAACCUUUCCUCCAAAGAGUGAUUUAGACCCAUCUCUAUGUGGUUCACAAGAGUCAGCUCUCAAAGAGGAACACAUUUUGCCCUUCCUCCAUGGAAUGUCUGUAAAAGAGGCUUUGGAAGAGAAGAAGUUAUUCAUAUUGGAUUACCAUGAUGCUUAUAUCCCAUUUCUCAAAGGCAUAAAUGCUCAAGAAGAUAGAAAGGCUUAUGCGACUCGUACCAUUUUCUUCUUGACCCGUCUAGGAACAUUGAAGCCUAUAGCAAUUGAGCUCAGUCUUCCAGAAGGAUAUCCAAAUCAUUUGUUCAAACAAGUCCUAACUCCUCCUGAGGAUUCCAACUCUUAUUGGUUGUGGCAACUUGGCAAAGCACAUGUUUGCUCCAAUGAUUCCGGAGUCCACCAGCUUGUCCAACACUGGUUGAGAACCCACGCAUGCAUGGAACCGUUUAUUAUAGCAGCUCAUAGGCAAUUGAGUGUGAUGCACCCUGUUUUCAAGCUUCUAAAGCCACAUAUGAAAGACACCUUGCAAAUAAAUGCCUUAGCACGUGAAGCUCUCAUCAAUGCUGGAGGCAUUAUUGAAUCUGACCUCUCUUGUGGUAAAUAUUGUAACCAUAUUGUUUCUGCUGCCUACAAAGAUUGGUGGCGUUUUGACAUGGAAGCCCUUCCUAACGAUCUUAUCAGAAGAGGAUUAGCUGAACCUGACCAAACCAAACCCUACGGACUGAAAUUGCUCAUCGAAGACUAUCCUUACGCAAAUGAUGGCCUUCCCAUUUGGUUUGCGAUAGAGAAAUGGGUUAGGACCUAUGUAACUUACUAUUAUCGCGAUGGGCUUAUGGUUCAAUCAGAUUAUGAACUUCAGGCUUGGUAUAGCGAGGUAAUCAAUGUUGGCCAUGCAGAUCACAAACAUGCAAGCUGGUGGCCUAAACUAUCAACUCCUAGUGACCUCAUUUCUGUCCUCACAACUCUAAUUUGGAUUGCAUCAGUACAACAUUCUGCUGUGAACUUUGGGCAGUACCCUUAUGGAGGGUAUGUCCCCAUGCGUCCCCCAUUGAUGAAAAGGCUAUUACCUAAAGAAGAUGAUCGAGAGUACAAAGAGUUCAUGAAGGACCCAGAGGGGUAUCUUUUGAGCUCAAUGCCUAACUUGUUUCAGACCACAAAGUUUUUGACCGUGGUCAACAUUCUUUCACAACAUUCUACAGAGGAAGAGUAUUUGGGACAAAGGAAGAAUCUUUCAGAUUGGUCUGAUGAUCAUGAAAUCAUAGAGGCAUUCUAUAGGUUGUCAAUGGAAUUAAAAAGAAUAGAAAAGGAGAUUGAGAAGAGAAAUAAAGACACAAAUUUGAGAAAUAGGUAUGGGGCUGGAAUUCCACCAUAUGAGUUGCUCAUGGCUAGUUCUGGUCCCGGAGCCACUUGUAGAGGGGUGCCUAAUAGCAUAAGUAUAUAAAGACAUGAUAGUUUGAAAUUAUUUUGGGAAAUAUUUCUUCUUCGCCCUCAUUUGGGCCAAUUACAGGUUUACGGUUUGGUUAGAGAAGUGUAUGUAUGACAUCCUGUGAAGGAAGAAUGAGUGCAUCAUUGAGACACUAUUCUUGCGCGCAUAAUGUAAUGGAUGAUAAAUGAAAUCAUUGAUUGUUUUAGUUUUGAUGUUCUAAUUUUAAGUUAAAGGGAAUAUAUAAAUAUACCAUAAUUUUUAUGAACAAAAUUAAAGUACUUUUGCGUAUCCAAAUCAAUGCAUCCAAUGAAAUAAUGAAAUCAAUCUAAAUAUCAAAAGUGAUUGAUUAAGUUACUCAAUUAUACAAAGAAAUAUGCAAAGAACAAAAUAUAAAUUAUAUGCUCAGUUCAUGAAAAUUGAAAUUAUGAUUGUGGUGAAAAAAAUAACGCUGUCACACGUGUUAAAAAUGAUUUAAAAUCUCUAAAGUUGUGAUUUUUAUUGUCCUUUCAUUACGUGAAGCAUGGCUAUUAUCCAUGAUUGCAAGGAGCAUGGCAUGUGGAUAAACAUGUACAGUUAUAUGGUUUUACAAAUUCUGUAAUAAUUAAAAAAGAAGAAGAGAGAAGUAAAUAAAACUUAGAACAUGAUUUGUCAAACACAUUAGUUACCCGUGAUUAAUGGCUUAUCCAAUUCAUGAUUAUGUAUUACGAUAGUAAAGUAUUAUAAACGCCAUAUAAUCCAAGUCCAUUGUUUCUUGGGUGAAGAGGUUUGCCAAAAAACAAAAAAACAAACAAAAGAAAAGAAACUAGAAAAAAAAAAGAUUCAGUUUAGAUGUCAUCUUUUAAUCUGUUUAAGGAUAGAGAGUUAUGAAUGUCUGGACUUACGCAUUUCAUCUUGUACAUUUUUGCAGCUAUACGGUUACCAUCUUAAUAUAUAGUGGUAAUAGUUGUUUGG